AUGGCAUCCUUGUUGUUUACCGAUUGUUUCUCCUCCACUACGUCGCGUCUGAGUCUAAUCCACCCGAACCGCCUCAACGGUACUUCCCUCCCCCGCGGGUGCGUCGACCAGCUCAGCUUACGGACCACUGCGUCCCCUCGUGGCCGUGGCUGCAUUCUCUCCAUUCGCUCCUCUUCUUAUGAGAUCAGAACCGAUGUUAAAAAAAUGAAGAAGUCACUCGGUGCGGUUCCUGGAUUAGCAGUAGUCUUUGUUGGGGAUAGCUACUUCUCCGAAUCUUAUGAGGUAACUUGCAUGUUAGUACAAAUGAAAUCAUUCGAAGUUCGUCUAGCUGAAGAUUCCUCAGAAGAGGAGGUCUUGAAAUCAAUCUCACGUUUGAACGAUGAUCCUUGUGUCCAUGGAAUCAUUGUUCCGCCGCGUCUAUUGCUAUCGGAUCCAAAUGCUCCGGAAGGCUUUCGAAUAGUUGGGGACAUUUGCUAUGAAGAGGUUUGCAAAGUUGCAUCAGCCAUCACACCUUUUGAAGGGGGCCCAGGAUUUUUGACGAUAACCAUGCUUCUAUCAAACUCAAAUGAUGAGGAAGAAUAUGUAUGUGGACGGAAGCAACAAGGAAACCCAUUAACUUGGAUAAGAUCACUGCACGGCUCAAAAAGCUUAGCUAUGGGCUUAGCAGUAACCAUUGCGACCUUGCCCUCGUUGCUCGGAAUGCAAUGGAGUCAACUCGAUGAAUUAGCUGCUGACACUGCUGCUUCCAUGUCUUGUAACCAUCCUGAUUACGCCACACUUGCUGUCUCAAAUCUUCACAAGACACCAAAAACUCAUUAUCUGAGACUUAUGAAGACUGCUUCGACUUAUGCUCAAUCUCAGAACGCUGCUCGCUUGGACAGCGAAAUCAUUUAUGACCGGGAUUUCUAG